GGACCUGGCAACCCGGGUCGUACCGGCGCAAGUAAACAAUACGGCAAUAACAGCGGAGGGUGGAUUAAGCAGCAUUGCUGUUUCACAUGCCGGUGGAGAUGAAGGGGUAUCUGGUUCAUAUACUUGGUGCAAUAGCAGGAUGCUUGCCUUCUACACUCACCUAAACGUUAUUGAUUCUUUUUUUUUUUUUUUCUUACGUGCACUUAUGAUAUUUUCUUUUCUUUAGGCAACAGAAAAGUCCGGACCCUGAUUGCAAUGUUCCUGUAAUUGAAGAAGCAGAAUGGAGUGAUCUACAGUCUUGUCCCCAUCAACACUCUCACCUGUGUUAAUGAGAGACUCACUGGCAUAAUGUCACCUAGUCCAUUUGUGGCAGAGGUGAAAUGCAGUGGGUAGUGGCUACCGCCGAGAUUCCGUCAGCAAUUACAACUAUUCAGUCAGCUGCCACAUUUUCCUCCGAGCAGCCCAUAAAAUACCUGUUUAAGACAGAGGGAGCUGGGGGGCAGGUAGGGGAACUGUACCCUCCCAUCGGGCAGGUGACCUAUCGGGUAAUUCAGGUUGCAGAUGGACAGUUGGAGGCUCAAACGGAUGGCACCACAGCUGUCAGUGUUGUUGCUGGGUUUCCUGCUACAACACAGCCUGUUACCCAGGCUGUGUUCUCUCAGUCCGAAGCCUUAGAGGGAGAUGGCACUGAAACCCAUUACACCUACUACCCUGCCACUAUUUCAGAUGCUGGAACAGGCACUAUGGUUACUGGUGUGCAGGCAUCUGACACAAUCCUCAGCCAGGGCACACCUACAGGUCAGUUGUAUGUGAUGAUGUCACCCCAGGAGGUUUUGACAGGAGCAACCCAGAGAUCUAUUGCACCACGCACACAAACUUGCAACACUAAGUCAGAGGCACCUAGGACGUCUCGAGAUGAGAAACGACGAGCACAACACAACGAAGUUGAAAGAAGGCGCAGAGAUAAGAUAAACAACUGGAUUGUUCAGCUUUCCAAAACCAUUCCAGACUGCACGUUGGACGCCACCAAGACAGGGCAGAGUAAAGGAGGGAUCCUUUCAAAGGCCUGUGAUUACAUUCAGGAGCUACGACAAAGUAAUAAUCGAUUAGCAGAGGAGCUCAGCGCACUGGAGAGGUUGAGGAUGGACAACCAACUUUUACGACAAGAAGUGGAAGACUGGAAAUCAAAAAAUCUGAUUUUGAGGAGCCAGCUCAGGCAGCAUGGUAUUGUAGCAGCAGCAAGUGCAGAGCCGCAAUGAAAAAUUAUGAGAGCUGUUGUUUAAAUGCUGGUAAUUAUGGAUGCUAAAAUAAAUACUGAUAAAAUAUGUUUCCAGGCAUAAAACUGGUCAUUAGGGAACAGGAGCUAUCAUGGAUAACGCUUAGAGCAGGAUUUCUCAGCCAGUUACAUACAUUUAAUUUUAGUGGGUCUUACUUUAUGAUGUAUAUAUUUGUUUUGUACAACACAUUUUUUACUUGAUCCAACAAUGAAUUUCUUUUAUGUACUGGUAAAAGCAUGAGAACCUUUCUUGUACAUUACUCGGAAACAUUUCUGAUGACAAAAUAUAAUCUUGCAUGUUUGAUACUUUUUCACAGCAGUUACCAAGAAAACAAAAUAAUGAUAUUUUUUCUGGUUAUGUGCAACAUGCAGCUCACUAUACAUAUCUAUUUGAAAUAAAUACUUUGUAACA